AGAGUAAUCUAUUUGAUGAUCUUCUUACCAAAUCUUGAAGCCUCAGAUCACGAACCAACACACACCUUCUCUCUCUCUCUCUCUCUCUCUCUCUUUUCUUGUACAAGACAAGACUACAGCCACGGCCACUUCACUCGCACCUCUGUAUUCACAAACCCGGUCAAAGAAAGCUCACUGCUGUAGCCUAAUCACCAACAUGAAAAUCCUACGAAAUCCGCUGCCACUUUCGGACCAGCGUGUGAUUGCUGAAUAGAUUUCCAUCGAAGCGAAAGCGAAAGCUCCAAAAGUAGUCGGCGAAAUAAACAUGUGGGAGAGUAAACCCGCAAAUGGAAGCGAAGUGGUGGUGGAGAUUCGAAACGGAGAGGCCAAAGACGGAACAGAGUCUCCUUCUAGGAGUUCUGAGUAUUCGAUUUCCAAGCAAAGCAUGGUGGAUUCGUCUCGCCAAUUAGCGUCCAUGGAGUCAGCCCCUUUGAGCUGUCCUUCGCCUGAGACUUCCAAGUUCGUCGGUAGCUUGAAUAAGCCUCCCAAGAUUCCUACUACUUCUUCCAAUGAGAAUGUGAUCACUCGCAGAAAAUCACUCAACAGGUCACUCAUCUCCAAACCCAAGUCAAGGUUUGGUGAACCCUCUGUUCCCAUUGAUACUGCUAUCCUUGAAGACGAUGCUUCAGAAGUAUUAGGUCGAAACAACUCCUCUUUUAGGAGUUCAUUCAGUAGGGGUUCCCCGAAUAACAGAUCAACAACUGCUAGAACCCUGUCUAUUACGCAAAAGUCUUCACGGCUGGAUGAUGAGGAUGAAGAGAUUUACAAGAAAGUUAAGUUGCACAAUGAGAAGCAUAAGGGAGUAAGUCCCAAGGCGUGGAUUCAGUGGGUGUUCUUUGUGUUUAUCUUAGGUUGCUUAGUAGCUAGCUUGACCAUUGAGAGGUUGGAAAAGCUUAUGAUUUGGGGAUUGGAGCUUUGGAAAUGGUGUGUUCUUGUGAUGGUGACCUUCUGCGGCAUGUUGGUGACCAAUUGGUUUAUGCGCAUAAUAGUUUUUGUGAUCGAGAAGAAUUUCUUGCUUAAAAAGAAAGUGAUGUAUUUUGUUCAUGGACUGAAGAAGAUUGUUCAGGUGAACAUUUGGUUGAGUUUGAUUCUACUUACAUGGGUUUUGUUGUUUGAUGAUGGGGUUAGGCGUUCAAAGACGGCCACCAAUGUAUUGAGCUUUGUAACAUGGACGAUUAUUACGAUCCUCAUCGGGUCAUCUCUAUGGUUGAUAAAGACUCUCUUGAUGAAGAUCUUGGCAUCUAAUUUCCAUGUUAAUACCUUCUUUGAUAGGAUUCAAGAAUCAAUCUUCAAUCAGUAUGUUCUGCAAACUCUUUCAGGACCUCCACUUGUAGAGAUGGCUGAGAUGGUUGGUAGAGAGCCCAGUACUGGUCACUUGAGUUUCAGGAGUACAAAGAAAGGAAAGCCAGCAAAGGAUAAACAAGUGAUUGAUAUGGGAAAAGUUUAUAAGAUGAAGCAAGAAAAAGUUUCAGCUUGGACAAUGAAGGUUCUGGUCGAUGCAGUUGCUAGUUCAGGGCUUUCUACCAUCUCUAAUGCAUUGGAUGAGCAGAAAGACAAGGAGAUUACCAAUGAGAUGGAAGCAACUGCUGCUGCCUAUCACAUUUUCAUAAAUGUUGCUCAGCCUGGUUGCAAGUACAUUGAUGAAGGCGACCUCCUGAGAUUCAUGAUUAAGGAAGAGGUGGACCUUGUAUUUCCCAUGAUUGAAGGUGCAGAGACAGGAAAAAUUGACAGACAGGCUUUGACAGAGUGGGUGAUUAAGGUGUACAAGGAACGGAAAGCACUAGCACAUGCUUUAAAUGACACCAAAACGGCUGUAAAUCAGUUGAACAAACUUCUCGCGCUCGUCAUUGUUGUCGUGACAAUUAUAGUAUGGAUUCUAGUAAUGGAUCUUGCAAAAACGAAAGUACUUGUUUUUGUCUCAUCACAGAUUAUGGCAGCAGCUUUCGUGUUUAAGAACACCUGCAAGACUAUAUUUGAAGCUCUCAUAUUUGUAUUUGUAAUGCACCCUUUUGAUGUUGGUGAUCGCUGUGUUAUAGAUGGAGUUCAGAUGCUGGUUGAGGAAAUGAACAUCUUAACUACAAUCUUCUUGAAACUCAAUAACGAAAAGGUAUACUAUCCAAAUUCAGUUUUGGCUACCAAGCCCAUCAGCAAUUAUUAUAGAAGUCCAGAUAUGGGUGAUGGUGUGGAUUUCUCGAUUGAUUUUACGACACCAGUGGAGAAGAUAGGGAUGCUGAAAGAGAAAAUAAAGAAGUACUUGGAAAAGAAUCCACAACACUGGUAUCCCAACUUCAGUGUAGUGAUCAACCAGAUUGAAAAUAUGAAUAAGAUAAAGAUGUCUGUCUAUGUUACUCACACCAUGACUUUCCAAGACUGGGGAGAGAAGAACGAUCGACGCACUGAGCUAGUUGUCGAGUUAAAGAAAAUGUUUGAAGAACUCAAUAUUAUAUACAAUCUCCUGCCUCAAGCAGUUCAUCUCAGCCAUGGUGGAUCAGAAGCAAAUGCUUUCCAUAGAUAAAUUACCGCUCAUUUUUCAUUAUGCUUUGGUUAAUCUUUUGAGGUUAGAGAGCAUCGUGUUAUGGAAGGGGCAUAUUGAAUGAACAAUGGAUUUGACGAGGAUCGGAAAUUGAAACCAUCCAACAUCCAUGGAUAAUUGAACUUUUUCUUUUUGAUAUCAGGUUAAUAGAGUAGAGACGGUAUCAUCCUUGCAAAGAAAAUGGAAAACUGUGAUUGUAAACAUCUAUUAUCUUGUUGUAGCUAGCUAGGGGACUCUAAUUGACUUCAGACUUUUUAGCAUAUCUGAAAUGUUGUUUUGGUUCAUCACUACUGGUUAUAAAAUAAGUAUUUUAUUUUAUUUUAAAA